GAAAUACCGGUGCUUCUCUAAAAGAGAUUUCGGUUCGGUUAUCGAUUAUUUCAGAAAUGUUUUAAAAAACCGAAAUAAACCAAAAAUGUGUUGGUUUUUUAGCCCGUAAAAAAAAAAAACUUCACCCCAGCACGAAGAAAUCGACACGUGUGAUUUGGUGCUUCCCGCCAUUCUGGAAAGAUUGCACAGCAAAAUCAGUCUCUCGUAUAAGAACAAGAUAGUGAAGAGAAAUAAAAAAAGCGGAAGAUCAAUAAAACCUAACUCACUCUGAGAUUUUUGAGAUUUGGGCGUCGCGAUGGAGCCACACUCUCACCACAAGAAUGCGAUUCUUCCGUCUAGUAGCCAAGACGAGAAUCUCAAAGAAGAAGAAGUUCCUGAUGAUGAUGAUUCAGUCGGCGGUGAAGUUCAAGGUACCGCAUCGUUUCUAUUAGGCGUCAUUGAUGCUCGAUUUGCUCACACCUGUUUAUUUUCAUCAUGUCUUGCUCACACAGGUGAGGUCAAUGCUAAUGACUAUAUACCAAAUCCUGCCGCUCCUGCAAACACUAAAAGAAAAUGGCAGAUCAUGAAAGAAAAGGUUCAGAUGACAGAGGAUGAUGAUUUUGAUGAGCAGAAUGCAGUCAUUGCUGAAGCUGCUGAGCAGCCUCUAGAUUUGAUUAUACCGCUACUAAAGUACCAAAAGGAGUUUUUGGCUUGGGCUACAAUACAGGAACUAUCAGCCGUAAGAGGAGGCAUUCUCGCUGAUGAGAUGGGAAUGGGGAAAACAAUACAAGCCAUCUCUCUCGUUCUUGCCAGACGGGAAGUUGACAGAGCCAAAUCUAGGGAAGCAGUUGGGCACACCCUUGUGCUUGUUCCUCCUGUUGCUCUUUCUCAGUGGUUAGAUGAGAUUUCUCGGUUGACAUCCCCGGGAAGCACCAGGGUUCUUCAAUACCAUGGGCCGAAGAGAGACAAGAAUGUUCAAAAGUUAAUGAAUUACGACUUUGUUUUGACAACAUCUCCCAUAGUUGAGAAUGAAUAUAGGAAGGAUGAAGGAGUGGACGAAACAAUGUCUCCUUUACACUCUAUUAAGUGGAAUCGUAUCAUCGUCGAUGAGGCUCAUGAUAUCAAAAACAGAAGUAGUCGCACUGCCAAAGCUGUUUUUGCUUUGGAGGCGACCUACAGAUGGGCUCUGAGUGGUACCCCUCUCCAGAAUGAUGUUGACGAGCUCUACUCCCUGAUACGCUUCCUUCGCGUUUCGCCAUACUCAUAUUACUUUUGCAAGAAAUGUGACUGUGAAGUUCUUGAUCGGAGUGCGCAUCGAAAAUGUCCCAGCUGUCCUCAUAAUGCAAAUCAACACAUCUCUUGGUGGAAAGAGAAUGUGGACAAACGGAGAAACAGAGCCUGUAUAUUCCUUAAACAAAAUGUUCUAAAGGACAUUCUACUAAGACGUACUAAAUUGGGCCGGGCAGCUGACCUUGCUCUUCCUUCUAGAAUCAUCUCUCUGAGGCGAGAUGCACUAAGUGUAGUAGAAGCUGAUUUCUAUGAAUCACUAUACAAAGUUAGCAAGACAACAUUUGAUGGGUAUAUUCAGGCUGGGACAUUGAUGAAUAACUAUGCACAUAUAUUUGGUCUUCUUAUCCGACUGAGACAAGCUGUUGAUCAUCCAUACCUGGUGAGUUAUUCUAGUCCUAGUGGCGCUAACGCUAACUUGCUUGAUGCGAACAAAAAUGAGAAAGAAUGUGGUUUCGGCCAUGACCCUUCCAAGGACUACUUUGUGACUUCUAGUGAACAUCAGGCAAGCAAGACAAAGCUUAAAGGAUUUAGAGCCUCUAGCAUUUUAAAUCGGAUAAACCUCGAUGAUUUUAAAACAAGUACAAAGAUUGAGGCUUUGAGAGAAGAAAUCAGGUUCAUGGUUGAAAGAGAUUGGUCUGCCAAAGCAAUAGUAUUCAGCCAGUUCACAUCAUUCUUGGACCUGAUAAGUUACGCCUUGGGGAAGUCUGGGGUUAGCUGUGUUCAACUGGUGGGAAGCAUGUCCAAGGCAGCUAAAGAUGCUGCACUCAAAAAUUUUAAAGAAGAGCCAGAUUGCAGAGUUUUAUUAAUGAGCUUGCAAGCUGGAGGGGUUGCUCUAAAUCUAACAGCCGCUUCGCAUGUGUUCAUGAUGGACCCGUGGUGGAACCCAGCGGUUGAGAGGCAAGCACAGGACAGAAUACAUAGGAUCGGACAGUGCAAGCCUGUCAGGUUAUAUUUUUGAGUUGUCCUUCAAUAUACUGUAUGUUGUUUUGGUGGGGGAAGAAAGAAGAAACAUUUGGUUGUGUGACAGGGUUGUAAGAUUCAUAAUGGAGAAAACAGUAGAGGAAAAGAUACUAACGCUUCAAAAGAAGAAGGAAGAUUUGUUUGAAAGUACGUUAGGUGACUCUGAAGAGGCCGUUGUACAAAAGCUGGGAGAAGACGAUAUCAAGUCCCUGUUCGCAUAACCAAAUCUUGUAGAUGAAGAACAUGAUAGAAAAUUUGUAUAGAUAGAAAAAAGAGUCUUGACAGGACAAAAUUAGGCUCAAGCUAAAAGAUUUGAUACAUACUUGUGUAAUAUGAUGAGCACCGGAUAGAUUGUAUAUGAAUCGGAUCACAAACUUUUCCUUCUCCCGAAGAAUAUUGAGCAUGAGGCCAUGGCCGGUUUGAG